CUGUUGUUUUUAUUUUAAAGCUUAAGCUGUGCAAAAGUCGAGCAGAAAUCACAUGCACACACGAGUAUAUUAUUCAUGUGCAGCAGUCUGUCAGCGACAUGAGCAUUAAAAUAAUCGUGCAGAAUAUAAGAAUGAGAUGAUGUGUGAAAGUCCGUUAGCUGAGGGAGGAUGCUGCUGAUGUUUUGACUGCUUUUAGCCCUUGUGCUAAAGCUAACUCAUUUCACACAGUGACUGAGGGUGAAGAGCAAAGACAACAGCUCCCAGACUUCAAACAAACAUUAACUUCAGCCGAAACGCACGCGAUCUGACCUGCAGCAGGGAAGCAUUAAAGAUGAAUGGUUGUGAGGAGCAGGAGGACGGGUUUAAAGCUGGAUCAUACCAGCUCUAACCUUCAGUUCUGACCUCUGCUGGGACUCGCUGAGCGAUUGACAUUAAUGAACAUGUCUGUGAAUGAAGACACCGACCAUCCACGCUUCUUUGUGGGCGGUGAGGAUGGAGAGGCGGAUGAACUUCUUGACCCGGGCAGAGUGCUUGGCUAUGACUGCCUCUAUGAGAACGUAGAAGAAGAGGACGAGGAUGAUGAAGAAUAUGAUUCGCCUCCAGAGAGACAGAUCGUGGUGGGUAUCUGUGCCAUGUCUAAGAAGUCUAAGUCUAAACCUAUGAAGGAGAUUCUGGAGCGACUGUGUCUGUUCAAAUACAUCACAGUGGUCACGCUUGAGGAGGAAGUCAUUCUCAAUGAACCUGUGGGCAACUGGCCGCUCUGUGAUUGUCUCAUUUCUUUCCACUCCAAAGGAUUCCCACUGGAUAAAGCCGUGGCUUAUGAGAAGCUGAGGAAUCCGUUUGUCAUCAAUAAUCUGGACAUGCAGUACAGGAUUCAGGACAGGAGAGAGGUGUAUGGGAUCCUGAAGGCAGAAGGCAUACAGCUCCCACGCUAUGCGGUUCUGAAUCGAGACCCUGACAGUCCAGAAGAAUGUAAUCUGGUGGAAGGAGAGGACCAUGUGGAGGUAAAUGGAGAGAUUUUUCAAAAGCCUUUCGUUGAGAAGCCAGUGAGCGCUGAAGACCACAACGUCUACAUCUACUACCCAACAUCAGCAGGAGGGGGCAGUCAGCGGCUAUUCCGCAAGAUUGGAAGCAGAAGUAGUGUUUAUUCCCCUGAAAGUAAUGUCAGAAAGACUGGAUCAUACAUCUACGAGGAAUUCAUGCCUACAGAUGGGACUGAUGUGAAGGUGUAUACUGUUGGUCCUGACUAUGCUCACGCUGAGGCCCGUAAAUCUCCCGCUCUGGAUGGGAAGGUGGAGCGAGACAGUGAGGGGAAGGAGGUCCGUUAUCCAGUCAUCCUUAAUGCCAGGGAGAAACUCAUCGCCUGGAAAGUCUGUUUGGCUUUUAAGCAAACAGUGUGUGGGUUCGACCUGCUCCGUGCCAACGGUCAGUCAUACGUCUGUGACGUCAAUGGCUUCAGUUUUGUAAAGAACUCCAUGAAAUACUACGACGACUGCGCAAAAAUCCUGGGGAAUAUCAUCAUGAGAGAAUUGGCCCCACAGUUUCAGAUCCCAUGGUCUAUACCUUUGGAAGCUGAAGACAUUCCCAUAGUUCCCACAACCUCAGGAACCAUGAUGGAGUUGAGGUGUGUAAUUGCUGUUAUUCGACAUGGUGACAGAACACCAAAACAGAAGAUGAAAAUGGAAGUUCGACACCAAAGAUUUUUUGAUCUCUUUGAAAAAUUUGAAGGUUACAAAACUGGAAAACUGAAACUGAAAAAACCAAAGCAACUCCAAGAAGUGUUGGACAUUGCGAGGCAGCUGUUGGUUGAGCAAAAUAAUGAUUCCGAGAUCGAGGAGAGUAAAGCAAAGCUUGAACAACUAAAAACUGUCCUUGAAAUGUAUGGUCACUUCUCUGGCAUUAACCGUAAGGUCCAGUUAACAUAUCUGCCCCACGGCUGCCCUAAAACUUCCAGCGAAGAAGAAGAUGUGCAAAGGAAUGACCCGUCUCUAUUGCUGGUUUUGAAGUGGGGUGGAGAGUUGACACCAGCUGGCAGGGUACAGGCCGAAGAACUCGGGCGGGCCUUCAGGUGCAUGUACCCUGGAGGACAAGGCGAUUAUGCUGGUUUUCCUGGUUGUGGUCUUCUGCGUCUGCACAGCACGUACAGACACGAUCUGAAGAUAUAUGCCUCUGAUGAAGGCCGUGUACAGAUGACGGCUGCGGCCUUCGCAAAAGGUCUGUUGGCAUUGGAGGGAGAGCUGACGCCAAUCCUCGUACAGAUGGUGAAGAGUGCGAAUAUGAACGGCCUGCUGGACAGUGACAGCGACUCCUUAAGCAGCUGCCAGCAGAAAGUCAAAGCACGACUUCACGAGAUUCUUCAGAAAGACAGAGACUUCCUUCCAGACGACUUUGAGAAGCUGGCACCCACCUCCAGCACAUCUUUAGUGAAGUCCAUGCAGAUGAUCAAAAACCCUGUGCAGACGUGUGACAAGGUUUACUCCCUCAUUCAAAACCUCACGCUGCAGAUCCGCCAGAGGAUGGAAGAUCCCAAGUAUGCAGAUAUCCAGCUGUACCACAGUGAGAUUCUGGACCUGAUGUUGCGGCGAUGGUCUAAACUGGAGAAAGAUUUCAAGAUGAAGAACGGCCGGUACAACAUCAGCAAGAUUCCUGACAUCUAUGACUGCAUCAAAUAUGAUGUGCAGCACAACAGCUCAUUGAAACUCGACGACACCAUGGAAAUCUACCGGCUGUCCAAAGCACUGGCGGACAUUGUCAUACCACAGGAAUAUGGUAUCUCUCAGGCUGAGAAACUGGACAUUGCAAAAGGAUACUGCACCCCUCUGAUUCGCAAGAUUCGCUCUGAUCUCCAGAGGACGCAAGAUGACGACACAGUUAAUAAACUUCACCCUCUAUAUUCCAGUGGGGUUAUGUCUCCAGAACGACAUGUGAGGACCAGACUUUACUUCACCAGUGAGAGUCACGUACACUCGCUUCUGUCAAUCUUGCGUUAUGGAGCUCUCUGUGAUGAAGCCCAAGAUGAGCAGUGGAAGAGAGCCAUGGACUACCUCAAAAUAGUCAGUGAGCUAAACUACAUGACCCAGAUCGUCAUUAUGCUCUAUGAAGACCCAAACCAGGAUCCUUCAUCUGAGGAACGUUUCCAUGUGGAACUUCACUUCAGUCCAGGAGCUAAAGGCUGUGAGGAGGAUAAAAACCUGCCGUCUGGAUUUGGUUAUAGACCAGCAUCCAGAGAGGACUCCAAGAAAAAGUCCCAGAACGACAGUGAUGAGGAGUCUGGCGGAGCUAAACGGGACGAGCCGGAUCGGACCCUCAUGAUGUUUCGCCCUAUGGUAUCAGAUCCCAUCUACAUCCACAGGAAGUCUCCUCUUCCACGCUCCAAAAAGAUUGGCUCUGUGGAAUCGCCAUUGCUGCAAAACUUUUUCAAGACCCCUGCUGGCAAAGAAGACAGCCCCCUGAGUGUGUCUAGCCCUGACUCUAUAGGUACCUGGAUACAUUACACCUGUGGUGUUGGUACUGGGCGUCGAAGACGCAGAUCAGGGGACCAAAUAACUUCCUCCCCAGUCUCACCCAAAUCACUGGCUUUCACAUCCAGUAUAUUUGGCUCAUGGCAACAGGUUCUGUCGGAGAACAACAGUCACACCAGACCCAGCAGACUACAUGCUGAACACAAGCUCUCUUCUGCAAUGGGAUCUCAUUGUGCUGGACUGUUUAGCACCAUGGUGCUGGGCUGCUCCUCCAGUGCACCUAACCUACAAGAUUACGCUCGCGCGCACCGUAAAAAGCUGACCUCGGCUGGCUUCUUGGAGGGCUUCGAGCUGUACUCCAUGGUUCCUUCAAUCUGCCCAUUGGAGACCCUCCAUAAUUCCCUGUCUCUCAAACAAGUGGAUGACUUCCUAUCCUCCAUCGCCAUGUUUCAUGAUCAAGUACUGGACAUAUCUGCAUCCUCUCCAGCUGUACAAACAAAGAAAGUUCCUUUGAACACAUAUACUCCAGCAAAGGUUUUGCCCUGUCCAUUCACCCAGUCUCUUGGCAAGAGGACACCAACAUCCUCACCGGAGAAGAGUGCUUCAGUUCAAGAUUCUUGUCCAGCUAGAAAACUGAAAGAAGUUUCAGACCGUAAUAAAAGCGACAGCAAAAAUGUACAUCAAGACUAUGAGAAUGAGCAGCCCAAAACUGCUGUUGGCUUCUCCAUUCCUUCAGCAGCUGAAUGUUACGACUGCACUAUAAAAAAACAACCACAAUCCACCGGCAUAUCAACCCCUUACUGUGGAAAAUAAGACCACACCAUCUCAGAACGGUAACAUCUACAAACCUUCACCCAACAAAGCGGAUUGAAAAGUAAGCGGACACCGAAAGAAGAGGCUAACAAACACAUGACUUGUUAAGUUCUGCUCAACAUUCCCAAGGUCAUGGACAAUUCCUAUAUGUAUGUAUAUAAAUAUAUAUAUUAAUAAAGAACCAAUGAACCACAAUUAUUGGGUUUUACUUAAUGACAUAAUGUAGUUUCAUAUGUUUUAAACUAUGUUGUCAUUGCUUUAACUGAAAACAAUCAUCUACAAUCUCCUUCAAUAUUAAAAGGAUCAUCUUUUAAAAAACAGGAGACACCAAAAAUAUUUAUAUUUUUAUUACAAUCUAAUUUUACAUUUAGAAUUUCCAUUCCACUUAAUCUGACUGAAGAUUGUUACAUUUAAAAGUGGAUUAAUCUGGAAUGAUCAUGACAUUAAUUUGAAUGCUUUUCUGAAUAUUGAAUAACUGCAGCAUUUUCUGGGGCCCCAUUAAACAGAAUUUGCACUUUC